AAUGUCAGUGUGAGUAUCCUGCUAACUAUUGUAUUAUGUAUCUUGUGUCUCUCUCAAAAUAGAAAGGAUAGUCCUCGUCAUAUAUAAUUUGUGCGCAGAUAGAACCACGCGCAUAACGGUUGAUGCAGUUGGAAAGUUCGGAUGUAGAAUAUCUUGACGAAAAAAUGUUACUCGAUACGAUUGUGAUUUGCGUACUUAUUGUGCUCGGAGUUUAUUUUGUGUCUCGGAAAAUGUGGUAUACAAUCGGUACGACUUUGAUCUACCAAAUAAGAUACUACUACGUCGGAGCCGUAUAUCACUUUGACGAUUUAUUAAACGCCAGAUAUAAUAAAACAGAUCUACCUUUACUACCGAAUAAAAUUGCAAUAGUAACUGGUGGUUCUAAAGGUAUAGGAGCGGAAGUAGUCAAGAAAUUAUUACAGUGUAAUAUGGAAGUGAUUAUCGCUUGUAGGACAACUACCGCGGGUGAAAAACUUAUCCUCGAAAUUAGAAAAUCUGGCAUCACUAGCGGACGGGCAAAGGUUUACAAGCUUGAUAAUUGUUCUCUCGAAUCGGUAAGAGAAUUCGUGAAGAAAAUAAAAGCGGACUAUGACAAAAUUCACAUAUUAAUCAACAAUGCUGGCGUUAUGUUCAUCCCAUAUACAGAAACGGAAGAUGGUUUCGAAGAGCAAUGGGCGGUAAAUUACUUAUCACAUUUUUUACUAGUGUCUCUUCUUCUGCCAUUAUUGAAAGCCGGCGGACAUCCUGGCGAUUGCAGUAGAAUUAUUAACGUCACUUCAUGCGUUCAUUACAUUGGCGACAUAGAUUUUGCUUCCAUCAGUAACAGUUCAAAGAGCACAUUCUUCACGCAGGCAGCAUACGGACAAAGCAAAUUAGCGCAGACAAUUUUUACGACAACAUUGCAGAAAUUAUUAAUAGACAAAUCAUUAAAUGUGCUAGUAUAUUCCGUGCAUCCAGGUAUAGUAAAAACAGAUUUGUUCAAGGAUACAAUAUUAGGCAGAAACAAGUGGUUUAUGAUGGCAUGGAAGACACCUGAUCAAGGGGCUAUUUCAAUAAUAUACGCCGCAUUGAAUAAAGAUAUUGAAAGAAAAGGCGGGAUAUAUAUUAGUAAUUGCAAAGAAGCCGCUCUUCCUCCAUUAGCACUAGAAGAACAAAUCCGAAAACAAUUGUUUGAAUUAUCCUUAAAACAAGUUCCUGCUCUUUAUGUCACAAGGCAAAAAAUAGUGUUUAUAAUAUCGUUGUUUGAAGAAUGCAUUUUACAUGAAAUAAUUUAUACAUUAAAUUUAUACAUUUUCCUCAAUGAUGUCACAAAUUUAACAUAAUAAUAAUAUCAUUGCACAUCUUUUUCCAUAACACACAAAGAAAAAAAAAAGUUAAUAUAUUUAAAUAUAUUUUGAUCAAUAUGGUUUUUUAUUACAAAUUGUGUGAUUUAUAUUAUGCAUUAUUAAUAACUUACAUUCCAUAAUUGUAAUAUAAAAAGUAUUAUUAUAUAUAACAAAAUCUUUGGAAUAUAAUUCUAUGUGCUAAACAGUUUAUAUAAAUUUACCUGAAUUUUAAAGAUCUUAAAAAUUGUAAAUAUUAAUAGAAAUAAAAUACAUUUAAUUUUAUGUA